AUGGCUGUGUCCUUGCGAGAUCUGCCCUUGGUAAGCUCAGACCUCCCCCCUCAACAGCUGCUAGAAAUCAUCCGUGGGGAGUCACCGGCUCCAACCUCGAUAUCAUGCAAGAGCGGGCUGAUCGGGGAUAAAGUCCUCCACGAGCCGCUCAAGAAAGCCCUGAUACAGCGGAAGUGGCUGCUGCAGAACGCUCCGCUGGGUCCCACGCCUCGACAGAGUGGAAAUGACGGGGCACCGAACGGUGGGGGGGCUUCUGGUCUGACUAAUGUUAAUGGCGGCACGGUCACAGGGGGCGUAGUGGGUAUCGCGGGGUUCGAGAGCGCGGGUCUGAAUGUGCGCAAGAAGAAUGAAGCUGCGAUCCGCAGAGCCUUUGAGGACCUGGAAGCCCUCAUGGGCCGAGCUAAAGAAAUGGUAAGCUUAGCAGAGGAAUUUUCCACACGCUUAAGCUCAACCCCGACAUUGGCCAAUCGCGAGGCUAAAGCCGCACUGCGCAACACCACCCAAGUCCUCGGAAUCGUGACAAAGGACAUGCUAACCUCCGCCACUAGCGGCACCAACAGCAGUAGCAGCGAUAAAGCUUCAGACCUCUACCUCUCCGCACUUGCCCGCCAAGUAGCAGAAUUCCUCGCCGACGACGCACGUGGUAUGUACACUCAGGCGGGAGGGCGGCGUGAUCACGCUAGUCAACCUAUGGGCCAUAUACAACGGCACCCGCGGCAUAGAGCUCAUCCCACCUAGCGACCUGGAGAAGGCCACAGGCUUGUUCGAGAAGUUGAAGCUCUCUCUGCGAGUUCGCAGGUUCCGGAGCGGGUUGCUUGCCGUGCACGAGGCUAGGAGCUCCGACGCUGAGACGGUCAGAAGGAUCAUAGAGUGGGUUGCUGGGCCCGGAUGGGGCAGGGGUGUGACAGCAGCCCAAGCCACGGAGAGGUUUAGAUGGAGCAUUGGCGUGGCGGCGGGGGAGUUGGAGAUGGCGGAGGAGAGGAGUGCACUAUGUCGUGAGGUUUUGGAAGAAUUGGUUUGCAGAGGGGAGAGGGGGGCUGCAAUGUGGGAAUCAUAUUUCCGGGUGUGUUAUGGGGUAUUUGGUGAUAGCAGUGGUGGUGGUGGUUGUGGUUGUGGUGGUGGUGGUGUAGGAUUCGUUCCUUCGUGUUAUAGUAAAGUAAUAGAUGUGUCGUUGAGCUGGAGUAUUGGAAAUUUAGCUAGUCUGAAUUUAAAAUACAUACAUGCAAGAUAUUUGAAACCUCGGAGGAUGCCUAA